AAGAAACUAUAAUUGAAGCAAUAUAUGAAUAAAUAAGUAAUACAAUUUCCUAUUAGGAACGUCAAAUACAUCAUGCUCCAUCUGAAUCAAACGCCAUUUCAAAUAUACGAGACUACAACAGGGACUCAAACGGUUCUACAAACUGGGCAUUUUUAAUAUGUAAGGGCAAACUAUUGUAAAUGGUAGGAGUAUAUAAAUGUAUACAAUUAUUCCAAAGUGUUUGGAUUAAAUUGGUGUUCUCAGCAGGGAAUAAAGACGCGUAUGCGACUUGCUCGCUUCCCUCAAUUGAGAUACAAUACGUAUCCAUUCGUAACUUACGGAACUUAGUACACGUGCCCAUUCCUUAUUUUCCUGAAUAAAUGGCAUUUAUUCUCCUUAAAAGUGUUUAAGUGACUAAGGUAUGGAAUCUCACAUGUCACAACCAUGUCAAUAUCUGACCACAAAUUUAACAUUUUAAUGAAUGGUUUUUCAGAGGUAAAAGAUUUUAGUCUUUAAAAUGCUUUAUAGAAAGUAAGGCUACUGUACAUCUCGUCUGGAAGUCAACUCAUUUUAUAAAUAUAGGUUUGUUGGCUAAGGCAUUAAACAAAGUCUCUGUGGCAACUACAGUAUGCAGAAAACGUCUUUUAGUCAUUACCAUUGCCAAGAAACAAUGGGUUGUAAAGUAAAAUCGAAAUAUAUACAGUACAUCAUUUAAAUGAAAUAUAGGCUAUUUAGUAGACCUGUGUAAAUAAAAGCACUUUAUGAGGGCGCGGGGUGUCGCUGUAAUACAGUACAUAUCUUUCGCGGAUUAUUAGGGAAGAAUCCCUCCCUCUUUCAGGAUCGUACACAGGGAGGCUGCCUGCUUUGUGUUCAAAGACGAAUCGUUCACUUCUGUUAAUGGGAUUUCGGAAUGCGUGUCAAAAUGUUUUCUAGUGGAUAUAUAGGAUAAUGUUGCACAGGUAAUUGAUGCUGCUCGGCAUCUUUGGAAACAGUGCAUUUUAAUCAUGGAGGACAGACAAAACGCAGUGGUUUUACGUUACAUUCUACUACUGUGCUUUUGCAAAGGCGUUUUCACCCAGAUACGAUACUCGAUCGCAGAGGAACAGAAACAAGGAACUUUUGUAGGAAACCUUGCUAAGGAUUUGGGUCUUGAUGUCAACCAGCUGUCGGAACGAAGCUUUCGGAUUGUCUCUGAGUCUAAGGAACAUCUUUUUCAGGUAAAAUUAUCCAACGGCGUGCUGUAUGUGGACAGAAAUAUCGACCGAGAAACGCUUUGUGAAAAAAGCAGCGUCUGUUUGAUUAACCUGAAAACAAUACUGGACAAUCCACUGGAGAUACAUUAUGUGGAGGUAGAAAUAUUGGAUAUUAACGACCACUCCCCGGUUUUUCCGGAAAAUGAGAAAAAAUUAGAAAUAGCUGAGACAACGCUGGCCGGAGCGCGCUUUGCUGUGGAGUCAGCGCUCGACCCCGACGCGGGGAACAAUGGGCUCCGUCUGUACAAGCUUAGUCAAAACGACCACUUUGAUCUAGAGGUAAAAAAUCGCGGCGAGCACAAACUUCCAUUCCUAAUUUUAAAAAAACCACUUGAUAGAGAGCAAGAACCGAAACUCACUUUAGUAUUAACGGCAUACGAUGGAGGGAAGCCAGAGAGGUCUGGCUUUCUAAAUGUUACCGUAACUGUCAUUGACACCAACGAUAACGCUCCAGUCUUUGAGCAGCAGGUGUACUCAGUAAGCCUAGAUGAAAAUGUCCCUUUGGGCACCUUUGUAGUGAGAGUGCGCGCCACUGAUUUGGAUGAUGGCGAAAACCAAGAGAUUAAAUACACGUUCGACAACAGCGUGCGAAAUAAAGCUACGGAUUUAUUUACCUUGGAUAGCAAUACUGGUGAAAUCCGGGUGAAGGGACUCAUUGAUUUUGAAGAAAAGGACACUUAUGAGAUUGAUGUACAAGCAACUGACAAGGGUUCCGUCGCAUUGAGUGGUCACUGCAGCGUCAUCGUCAAAAUCAAAGACGCAAAUGACAACGCGCCGGUAAUAGACGUGACGCCAUUAUCAAGCCACGUGCCUGAGGACGCAAGUCCCGGAACAGCUAUCGCUCUUAUCAGCGUGUCAGAUCUGGAUUCAGGUGAUAACGGUGAAAUUGUUUGUCAGCUGACGGGAAACUUUCCUUUUGAGUUAAAACCGUCAUUCCGAAAAAACGCAUAUUCACUGGUUACCAGAACUCGCUUAGACAGGGAAUCGGAUGCAAUUUACAAGGUAAUUAUUGCUGCCAUGGACAAGGGUGACCCGUCCUUGUCGGCUUUCAAAACCAUCACAGUAGAUGUGUCGGAUGUCAAUGACAAUAGCCCUGUAUUUUCUGAAAAUCCAUAUACUGUAUACAUCGAAGAGAAUAAUGUUCCUGGUGCAUCUUUCUUUGCUGUAAGUGCAAAUGAUUGUGACCAAAAUGAAAAUGCUGUAGUUUCUUAUGCACUUUGGAAGGAAGAAAGUAUAGUCACCUCCACAUUAUCUUAUCUAAAUAUCAACCCAGAUAAUGGAAAUAUCUAUGCAUUAAAAAGCUUUGACUUUGAAGCAUUGAAAACCUUCCAGUUCCAAGUGGUAGCUAAAGACUCCGGAACCCCGUCACUAAGCAGCAACGUCACGGUGAAUGUGUUCAUCCUGGAUCAGAACGACAACGCUCCGCUCAUCCUGUCCCCAGUCAGUGCUAACGGAUCUGCUGACGGUGUGGUGGAGAUUCCCCGCACUUUGAAUGCGGGCCAUUUGGUGACUAAAGUAAGAGCCUACGACCGAGAUAUAGGAUACAAUGGCUGGUUGUCAUUCUCUCUGCAGCAAGUUACAGACCCCAGUCUCUUUGGUUUGGAGCGCUACACAGGAGAGAUCAGGACACUUCGGCCAUUCACAGAAACUGACAAGGCCAUGCACAAACUGGUCGUACUGGUAAAAGAUAAUGGAAAUGUCUCACUGUCAGCUACAGCAACUGUGGUUAUUAACCUAGUGGAGAUCAAAGAGGCGUUUGCAUCAUCCAAUAUUAAGAGCACAGUAAAGAAGGAAGAGGAGAACAACAUCACCUUGUAUUUGAUGAUCUCGCUGGGGUCGGUUUCAGCGCUUUUUGUAUUCAGUAUAAUCGGCCUGAUAGUCAUGCAGUGCUCUAAACCUCCAGAUUAUUCCUCCAAGUACUCACGUGAUUCCAAUUAUGUAGACACAAGCGGGAACGGAACUCUGUGUCACAGCAUCCAGUACAGAUCCGGAGAGAAACGAUACAUGCUAGUUGGACCCAGGACAAGUAUUGGUUCUACUAUUGUCCCUGGCAGUAAUGGGAACACUCUGGUGGUUCAUGAACACAGUCAGAGAUUUUCUGGAGAGAACCUUUCUCUACACCGUUUGCAUCACAAAGACAUGAUUUAAUGUGCAUGAUAGUCCCAGAUCCAUCAAAGGGCUGGGUCUGCUGUCGUCGCCCCCUGCUGGAGAUCUACUGCUUCACAAUUGUCUGGGUUUUUAAGUGUCUCCAUGAGCUGUAUGUCUGCCCCCCCCCCGCAUUUGGUAUUACCUCUCAUUCAGUUUGUACCCUUCUGCUCUCCCUUUUUUUUCUGUUUGCUAUCCAAGGUUAUUGCCAUGCAUGUUAUAAUAUAAAAUCCAAAUAUAUCUGUAAUAUAUUUUCCGUCUUGCCAGCAAUGCAUUGCAGAAAGCAGAGAAAUGCUGUAGCUUUUAAUGUGGCAUUAAGCAUUAAGAAGUGAUAUUUGAUGAUAAGUAUAGGGAAAAAAAAUAGACAGGGUCGAAUAACCUCUAAAAUGUGAGAAAGAGGUGAAGUCUGUAACGCCUGUCAGCCUUUUAGUGUGCAGUGUCUGUCAGGUGAAUAUUCCUGUGCACUUUUUCAUCUGUGAUAUUAUUUGGACUACACACAAGUGGUGUAAUAGUGCUAAGCUUAAUUAGCCGAAAGAGGCUCAAACGUCACUGAUCUGGCUUUGGUUUUCCAUUGUGGUUUUAAUAUUGAAAAUUGUUAAGUAUCGCAACUUUAACAUGGAGAAAUGUAUGAAAUUCAUAUAUUGUUUUAACACGCAGGAGCUGCGCAUGUGACACUGUACAUAUUCAUCACACGUUGGAUUUUAUAUUUCAAUGUAUAUUUACAUAACUGUUUUAUAAGGAGAUCCACCUCUAUGUUCUUUCAUAGCUAUAAUGUAUCAUUUUGUUUCUUUUGGUUUUCUUGUGUAGCUCUGUAGCUUUGCUUGUUAAUGGUGUUUUAUUAGCUCACUGAUGUUAAAUCGCACUGUAUAUAUAGUUCUGAGCACUGACCACCUCUAGUAAGAGAUGAGCAUGUUUUUUUGUACAUCUGCCACCCGAUCAGUCAACAGUAUUAACAUUUCCUGGUAGCGACUGGCUACUGACUGUUGCAUUACAUUGCAACAGUGAAUGAGUUUGGAUUCUGGAGGCUGCCAGCAGAUCUUGGGUGGUAACCCUGUGAUGCUCGGUGUGCCCUGUCGGGGCUUGUUCAGUCCCCUCGUGGUGGUUGUGGUGGUGUCCUUGUACUGGCUAACUUCAAUUCCACAAAACUGUCAUCUGUCCAAGCCAUUUCUGGUCCUCCCAGGCGGUUUGGCUUCAUCUGGGUGGCAGUGAGGAAGGGUUGAAGGUCAGUAUCAACCAUUCCUAGGUAAAGGUGCGCUUUAUUCUAUGUAGGUAAAUAAAAUCGCUAAAUAUUUCAUGUAUGGAUUGAAAUAAACGAACCUCUGCUUUACAUAA